AUGCCCAAGCAAGCAAAAGGGGAGGAGAACGGCAGCCCAACAGAAAAAAAGCUUCCAUCUUUCUCCUCCCCUCUCGCUUUCGUCGGAGGGGCCGGCCGCGGCGAGAGCCCCCCAAAAGCGCGGCAGGUGAGGUCCCGGCAGGGGAGAUGUUCCCCGGCCUGAUCCACCACGCCGGCCGCGGCGGCCGCCCCGACGCCGCGGGCGCCGAGGAUUCGCCGCGCGGCGGCGGGCUGGGGCUGCACGGGCACGGCGGUGGGCCCAGCGUGGUGCUGACGGCCGACCCCAAGCCCAGGCUCCGCUGGACGGCCGACCUCCACGACCGUUUCGUCGACGCCGUCUCCCAGCUCGGCGGGCCCGACAAAGCAACACCAAAAGCUAUCAUGAGGACAAUGGGUGUGAAGGGCCUCACCCUUUUUCACUUGAAAAGCCAUCUUCAGAAAUACAGACUGGGAAGACAGUCCGGCAAAGAGUUGACAGAGCAAUCCAAAGAUGCUUCUUACCUUAUGGAAGCUCAGAGUGGAACAAAUUCGUCUCCUAGAGGUUCUACUCCAGAUGUGAAAGAGAGUCAAGAACUUAAAGAAGCACUGAGAGCACAAAUGGAAGUGCAACGAAGAUUGCAUGAGCAAGUGGAGGUCCAGAAGCAUAUGCAGAUCCGAAUGGAGGCGAACCAGAAGUACAUCGACGCAAUACUAGAUAAGGCAUUCAAGAUAGUAUCUGAGCAACUGAGUGGCAUCAGCAUAUCUGACCGAGACCUGCCGGAUCUGGCCUCUGCUGGGGUUAUGUUUAGCCCUGCAGAUCCCUUGAGCCCAUCAGUCUUCCACCAGCUCUCUGUCAGCGCGGUUAGCCUGCUCAGCCCUGGAGGAGGCAAAGCCCUUCCGCAUGUUGCCAUCGACAUCUCCCAGAAGCCACCAGAACUGAAGCGCAAGUCACGCUGAGGUACAUUGCUAGCUCGGUGCAAUGCAUGACCUGACGCUGAAAUAGAUUGCCAACAUGCUGUGAUGCUUGACCUGGUUACAUUCUGGGAAAAUCAGAGGAGUUACGUCUAAGAUCUGUGGAGGUGUAGUCCCCAUCGUCCUGCAACUGUAGCACAUGUAAAGAACAAGGUUAUCUUGGUCUAUUUCGUCCAAUCUAGACCGACCCUUGUUAACAUCUAAUGCCUGAUGGACAAGAUCAAGUAAUUCGCUUGUUGUCUAAACUGUUGUAGAAUUCCGUGUUAUAACAUCUUGUUCAACACGCUCGGGUUAUGUGGAGCUGUGCCACUGCAAA